AUGGUCUUGAAUCCAACCUACUUGGCCCAGCGAACGCGGUCUUCCGUCAAUUGGCAAGAUGCACAGAGAAGAGUGCUAAGAUCAUACCGGGCAUGGCUUCGCGCGUCUCCUGAGAUUCAAACUAUGUACUCCCUUCAACUUCCGGUCUCCGCUAUCCGAACCAAGAUCAGACAAGAAUUUGAGCGACACCGAUAUGUCAACCAGCUGCCCGUCGUCGAUGUCCUACUAUUCCAAAGCCACAGCGAGUUCCAGGAAACAAUGAAUUACUGGAAACAGUUGUCCCAAUUGAUGAAAUAUUUCAGAGCUGAGGAAGAUCCAUCGGCAAAGCUACCCAAGAACUUCAUGUCUGGUUUCAUGGAGGUAUGGCAUGCCAUGUACUCUUGCCGUCUUAUUCACAGUAUUGCAUCUAACUAA